AUGGGUAAAAGGAAACGACUCUCAGAAUGGUUUCUGAUAGGAGUAUGUGUAUUGCAUAUAAUAAUGGCACCCUAUACAAAAGUUGAAGAAAGUUUCAAUGUACAAGCUAUUCAUGACAUCUUAUACCACCAGCUGAACUUUACCAAGUAUGAUCAUCAUGAAUUUCCCGGAGUUGUGCCACGUACUUUUAUGGGCGCCGUGGCAGUUAGUGUUCCACUUUUUCCUAUAAUCAAAUGGAAUUAUAUUGCAAAACACUGGAUUUUGUAUGGCAUGAGGCUUGUGCUUGGUCUAGCAGUUCUAUUCGCAUUUGGUCAUUUUGCUCGACAGAUUGACAAAAACUUUGGCAAAUUGUCAGGCGAUUUUCUAAGAUUAAUUGUAGCAACACAGUUCCAUUUCAUGUUCUACUGUUCCAGGCCUCUUCCAAAUACAUUUGCCUUACUUGGAGUACUUUGGACCUACCAGAAAAUUUUGGAUGGACAGUGGUUAUGUGCAGCACGAAUUGCUACGGUUUUUACAUUACUAUUUCGAUGUGAACUGAUUUUGUUUUAUGGCUGUGUUUUCAUAUGGCCUGUUUUAACACGCCAACUGUCCCUGUUCGGUUGGAAUGGUGCUGUUGUUCAUUGCUUGUCGACUGCUAUGCUUACUCUGGGCAUAUCUGUACCACUGGAUUCUUUCUUGUGGCGACGAUGGCUAUGGCCUGAAGGCGAAGUGUUGUGGUUCAAUGUGAUAUUGAAUAGAAGUCACGAAUAUGGUAUUCAACCUUAUUUCUGGUAUUUUUAUUCUGCGAUUCCACGUGCAAUGAUAGCCUCAACUCUUCUUAUACCUUUAGGUGCAUUAAUUGAUCAUCGUUUACUGUCAAUUGUAUUUCCUGUUAUAUGCUACAUCUUCUUCUAUUCGUUCCUCCCUCAUAAAGAACUUCGAUUUAUCAUUUACACAUUCCCGCUUUUUAAUGUUUCCUCAGCAGUGUUCUGUGCAAGAAUAAAUUAUCCUGGUGGUGAAGCACUCACUUCUCUCCAGUAUUUGCGACAUUUCAGUCGAAAUAAACCACUUUCCGUCUAUAUCGACAAUUAUGCUGCUCAGACUGGUGUCAGUAGAUUCUUGCAGUGGUAUGAUGCUUGGGAGUAUAAUAAAACCGAAAAUUUGGAACCAUCUCAACUUGCACGAUUCGAUUAUCUGUUGAUUGGUUCCUACACGGAACCUGAUAUCGUCAACUUUGCCGCACGAAAAUUCUUUCCCACUCAUCGUGUUUUAUAUGAUAUUGAAGCAUUCCAAGGAAUUGAUUUCGGAAAGAUGCAGUGGUUCCCAUAUUAUUGGCCUAUCAUAAAGCUGAAUGCGCAGUUAGUGGUGUUGGAAAAAUUGCAUUACUCUGAUACAUUUUGA